AUGUCAAGUGCUUCUUUUCUCUUGGCCAUGUUCUUGGUGGCUACGUUCAUCAUUCCCUCCAUAGUAGGGGCAAUAGUUGAGCAGCGUGUAAGGUGGGUGCCUAAGACAACAGCACCUUGCCAAGGCUCCAUAGAAGAGUGCAUGGAAGAGGGUGAGUUUGGAAUGGACUCAGAGUCCCACCGGCGCAUUCUAGCGACCUCACAGUAUAUAAGCUACAAGGCGCUGCAACGUAACACUGUGCCAUGCUCAAGAAGGGGUGCUUCCUACUACAACUGCAAGCCAGGUGCAGAGGCUAAUCCUUACACCCGUGGCUGCCCCACCAUCACCCGUUGCCGUAAUUCUUAG